AUGAACGGCUACUACUUUUGUUUACAUUCCAAUAUUGGAAGGCUUCCAAUUGGAUUAUAUCAGCUGAUUCCAAUAAGAAGUAUACAGCAGUGUCUGCAAGCCUUUGUGUCACGGAUUAGAGUUGUGCUGCAGACUAAACGUUUAGCAGACACGGACAUAAACAAAAAGAUUGUUAUGAAUUUAUUAGAUUCAAAAGUCUCAGAAAAACUAUGGACAAUCAGCUCAGAAUGUGUAAAAGACGAUUAUUACUGCCUGCAUAACUUAAUAUCAGCAGAUGAUGCAAAACGGAGAAUUGGAUUUAUGGCAUUUUCAGUCUCUAAGCCACCGAUUACGAUAAUUUUAGAAUGCAAGCUCAAAAUCGACUUAAACAGCAUCAAGAUCCAUUCAGUGUUGGAUUCCUUAAGAUCUACAAGAUUCCAAAUUAUGGUUGAAUUUAAUGAUGAACAAGCUCUCAAAACCAGAACAAUUGCUGAUAUUACAGUGGACGAUGAAUUUAACGGUUUCUGUAUAAGCAAUGUGCAAGAUACAGGAACAGAUGAAGCCUCUCUCAAACACAUAGCAAUAGAAGAUCAUUUACAAAAGUACAUCAGGGAUUUUAAUAAGUUAAUUAUAGUAAUUAAGGACACAAAACUGAAAAGAGCUCCAGUAUUAAAGAAAAUCGAAAUCCUCGGGACAUUGACUGGCACAAAUAAAAAGGAGGAAGUGGAUGAGAUAAUGAAUUUGCUAAAUCCCAUUCCAAUUAUACAAAACAGUAAGGAAGACAUCCCGCAAAUUCCAGGAAGCAGCACAUCUGAAGAAUUCCAAAUCCCAGAAGAGUUUCUUGAUUCAAUAACUAUGGACAUCCUUAAUCUUCCAUACAUCCUACCUUCGGGAGCAAUAGUUGAUGAAACAACAUUACAAAAGCAUAAAAGACGUGAAGAAGCCUAUGGACGAUAUCCAUCAGAUCCAUUUACAGGCGUGCUAUUUAGUGCUAAUUCAGAGCCAAAAUUUGAUGCAGCGCUGAAAAACAGACUGGAUGUAUUUAAGUUAAAGUAUUCACAUGAAAUUGAGAUUAAAAACUCAUGCAGAUCCGUUGGACGAAAAGAGAAGCUUUGUGAGCCGUCCACGAGUAAACAAUUUAAUAAUCACAUCUCGAAAAAAAUUAAAUUGAAUAAAGAAUCUUCGUCGCUUGAUGACAUAAUUCAGACAAUUUACAGGAACAAGCAGAUCUCAAGUUUUAUAAAUCCUCAACAGCCACAAUCAAGCAUUAAUGUUUGUGCAAAGUGUAAUUCAAAGGACAAUAUAGUUUUAUAUCAAAUUUCUACAUGCAAUCACAUUUUCUGUAAAAAAUGCUUAGUUCAAUCCAAUUCCGUAUGUUUUGCAUGCUCAACAACAUUUGAGAACAGACAUGUCGUGAAGCUUAAUUUGUGA